AUGAUCAAGGGCAAGAGCAAACCGACGCCCCAGGACCUCUACUGGGAACGCAAGCGACGCGAGGAGGACGAGAAAGACAUCAUGCUCCCGCCCGGACUCAUCAACCACGGCAACACAUGCUUCAUGAACUCGACUCUCCAGGGCCUCAUCGCUACGCCCGCACUGCGCGAUCUCGUGUACUUCCACGACCUCCCUGCAUUCAUGCAACCCGCCCAGGGCCCGUCCGUGUUGGCGCGGAGAUCGCCCCAGCUCACCAACGGCCACGGCCUCGGUGGCCCCAACGAGCUCGAACGGACGGAUGGCAUGCCGCUCGGCGACAUCUUUGUCACUGUUUUGCAGAAGGCGUGGACCAUCCAGGACGCGAGAAGGAAAGAGAGCAUGAGCCCGAAGGAGAUUCUGACGACGAUUGGACGUAAGUAUGACCAAUACCUCGACUUCCGGCAGCAGGACGCGCACGAGUUCCUACGGCACAUGCUAGACGCCAUGCGCAUGGAAGAGCUGGAUAUAAUCAAGAAACGUCAGCCUCCUCCACCGAAGACCAAAGGGAAGCGCAAGCAUCUCGAUAACGAUGUAUCGCCUUCAUCUUCCCCAUUGCCUGUCGCCGUUACAUCCUCCCCAUCCGAUGCCGCCGUAUCGCCAAGCCACGAGUAUUUACCACCCACGGAUGAAGACAAGCUGGUGUCGUUCGUCGACAUGCUCUUCGGCGGACAGCUCGCCAGCAUUCUCGUCUGCGAGAAGUGCAAGAAGAUCUCCAUCACGCAUGAAGACUUCAACGACCUCAGCCUGAGCAUCAAGCCCGAGGACUACGCGAAGGAUCGGCGGAAGCGCGACCGUUUCAAGAAGAUCGCCCGCAAGCUCCGUAUACGACCGCCGUCUUCUAACGCCGUCAACGACAACGGGCCGUUGAGCGCGUCGCGAACUCGAGGGUUCUUCCGUAGCGGCCCACGUGCGUCAUCUGUACCAGCGAGUCCGGUUCGACGCAGCACCGAUACGGCACCCCACGAAGAAGAGCCGCCGGAAAAUGUCGACCCACGACGGAGGAGCUUCGACCAUCCUGGCGACGAUGGGGAAGAGUUGGAUGUGCUGGGUGCGUUGGAAGGAAACGGGAUCACGCCAACACCAACACCCGGUGCAACGGAAGACGAAGCCGAUAGACCAGAGGAUGAUCGCGGAGAGGAGGCUGGUGUUCGGAGGUCAGAGGAUUGGAUGAAGGUAGAUGCAGAGCCAGUUGUCCCCGAGUCAAAGGGCAAAGGUUCGAAGGACGACCCGUGGGGGAAGCUCGCGCGGAGGAUCAGCGUAUCGAUGAAGCUCGCCGGACGCGACAAGGACUCCAGACCUCCCAGUCGCACAAGUGAUCGCGGACGAAAGACUGAGCCCAAGAACCGCGUUGAGCCUCGCUCCCCUCGUGGACCUUCACCCAGUACCCCCGACCUCGGCGAAGUAGUUGACAUCAGCCGAGCCAGCAUGGCUUCUCCCACCCCCAAUUCGCCACGCGUCCUCUCACCCCUUCGUCAGUCGACAUCGCGCCGAUCCUCGGCGACGCCAUUCAAGCAGAAUCAUUAUCGUAACGAGACUCUCACCAAGCCCCUGGUACCGCAGAAGAUCUCAGAGCAGGAACUCGCGUAUCUUCGUCGUAUACUCGCGGAUGUGCACCCAGUGACGGGCAACCCUUUAUCCCUCUUGCACCAAGUCAUCUCAGGCUCGAGCAUAGGCGCAUCUCCCGCCGCCGCAAACUCAGCCGCUGUCGCGACACAAGCUUUGUGGGCGAAGCUAGGGCAUCUGCCCGGAAUCGAGGAGUGCUUGCGGAUGUUCACCGCGGUCGAGGUCCUGGAUGGCGAAAACAUGGUUGGCUGUCAUCGGUGUUGGAAGGUGGCGAAUGGGACGUACAAGCCUCGCGUGAGGGAAAACGGCGAGAUCAUCCCCGAGGACGACUCGGACACGGAGGGGGAAGACGAGGACGACAGCGACUCCUCUGGGUCACGGAGUGCGGCGAAGGGAUCAAAUGCGGGGCCUGUGAAGCCUCCCGGGUUGAACGGUGCGCCUAGCGGCUCCUCUUCAAGCACAGAUAGCGGUCGUGUGUCGCCCGCGUCCACCUCCCAAGUGUCUACCACUGUCACCGAUCCUUCCACGAGGCCUGAUGACGCUACAUCCGUCUCCUCUGCCCCUACCACCAUCACCACCGCCCCUUCUCCGACAUCUGUCAAGCAUCCCUAUCGCCAGGAUAGCGUUAUGUCUCCUCUUCACCCUGGCACGUUCGGCGGCCUCCCCAUCCCUCAGAUAUCCACCACCGAGGUUGACCAGCAGGCCGUCAACAACACGAAGACAUGGUCAUCAACGCGCGCCGUCAUUGGCCUCUCCCUCUCCAACGAGUCAUUGCUCACGCCUAAAGCCCGGCGACACAAGCGGAAGCACAAAAAGGACGGCCCCGACGAGAGCGGGGGCUCGAGCUCCGAGGAUGAGUACGACGACACCGCGAGCGACACCUCGGCCGCGACAUCCUUCUCUGAUAACUCGCCAUCUGCAUCGCCCUCCGCGUCCCCACGGUCGUCGGUGGAGAGGCUGCCCGGCCCAUUGGCUUCUCCGCGGCAAAGCGCGUCCCGGCGCGUGCAGGACAAGCAGGUGCCGCGGUCGAAACAGGUUGUACCGCGACGGAUGUACAAGCGUUACCUGAUCAGCACGCCGCCACCGGUGCUCGUCAUCCACCUCAAGCGCUUCCAGCAGACGGGCAGGAUGCACACGGUUUCGCUCGCCGGGAGCUUCAAGAAGCUGGACGAAUUUGUCGCGUUCCCGGAGUACCUCGACCUCGCGCCGUUCCUCGCGCCGCGGAGAGGGGACUGCGUGUCGGAGGCGAAGGAGAAAGAGCGGGAAAAGACGAAGUCGGAGGGUCAGGAAAAGUGCGUGUACCGACUGUACGCCGUCGUGGUGCACAUCGGCAACAUGCUGGGUGGCCACUACGUCGCGUACACGGCUCUGCCCAACUCUGUAUCUGCAUCAGCCUCGACUCCGACUCCGACACCUGCACCGACACCUGCACCGACACCCGUCUCCCCUCCCCUCCCUGCCCUCGGUACGCCACCCGAGGUGGAGAAGCCCCUUCCUCCUCCUCCUCCAAUGGAGACCCAUUCCAGUCAGACGUCUGACACCCAGGCCGUCCGGCGAUGGGCGUACAUCAGCGACACUACCGUCCGGCUCACUACCCUCGAAGAGGUCCUCAAGGCGAAAGCGUACAUCUGCAUGUAUGAGCGCAUAUAA